GUCACACACAUACGCUCUUUGUACUUUAACAAAGUGGGAAAUGCCUGCUGAAGUCGACAUGGUGCCUGCUGUCGCUACCACCACAACUACCACGACGGCAACAGGAUCAGAAGCACAACAACAACAACAACAGCAGCAGCAGCCUGAUUCAGCAACAAUUACAACAACGGCGGCGACACCAGCAACUACAACGACGCCAGCCCCUACUAAUGCUCCACCAGUAACAGCAACACCACUUAACGAUUCAACAAUUGCUACGAGUAAUUUGGAAAUGCCAUCAAAAAAGAAGCAACUAGUCAUCAAGGGUAAAUUUCCCAGUACCAUGACUCCAACAGGACGACAGGACGUGAUCGCACUCAAACAACGUCUCGCCGAUGCCUUGGGAGACAAUGGCCCGUUAUACUGGGAUGCUUUAAAAGACUUCGUCGCUGGAAAGCUUAAUCGACAAGAAUUCGACUUUUACGCUAAUCUAUACCUAAGUCAUGAAAACGCUUACCUCCAUAAUGCCUUUAUUCUAAGCACUGUUCAUAACGCUCAAACUGCAACCCCUCCACCAUCCAAACAUCGAUCUGUCGGCUGGGCCAAACGGAAACGUGGCAAGGAUGGUAGUCUGUUAGAUGGAGACAAUGAAAGAGAUCCUUUAAAGAAAAAACUUAAAAUGGAUGUCAUGUCCUUAAGCAAAGCUGAUCGCGACAAAUUGAAAGCUUUGGUCAAGGCAGGAGACAAGGAUAAAUUGAGACCUUUUGUCGAUAAGCUCUUAAAACCACGCAUAAGUCGAGUGCCCCAAUUGCCAUUACCUGCGGAACAACUUCCACAAACAUUUAAUGCAGACUACGCACGAGGUUUGUUAGCACCACUUUGCACAGAUUUAAAAGAACUUCCUGGUCCCGAAACAUUACAUGCAAGGAUGACAAGUAUUGCGCUGGAACAAGGGCUGGUGAAAGGAGUGACUGAAGAGGUCGUGAAUGCCAUGUUGUUUGCCACCGAAAGCUACAUCAAAUCUGCGAUUGCUAACGCAGUAACCAAGCGACGAAUCAAUCGGUCUAUCGGAUUAACAAUGGAAAAAGAUACACCUGAAACGCGAUACGCAGCAAUGGAACAGAUAUUAUCAUCCCAACCUCUCCUUAUGCCGGAAACUCAAAACAUACCUUCACCAUCAGCAGCUCAAAGUCCCUCCCUUGAUAGCAAUGACAGUAGCAGCAGCAGUAGCAGUAGUAAUAGUGACAAUAGUAGCAGCAGCGCGAGCGUAGCCAACGACAUUUCAUCCUUUUCCUCGUCAUCAUCUUUAGCUACACCCGUCGACUCGAUUUCCUUACAUGACCUUGCUUUUUCGUUCUCUAUCUCGCCUUAUGUUCUGGUGGAGAAUGCUCUCAAUGCCGAACGACUUACGGCACUCUUGACGGAUAGUGAAGAUGAAAUAACGGAUGACGACUUAGGCGAUACUGGUUCUGAAGGAGAUUUCGAAUUAUAGCAGCAUUGCAUUUUCUGUUGUAGUUUUCAUACUUAUGAAUAGUAGCAGAUGCUCAUUGCAUCAUAUUCUUUAGCGCCUUUUUCUCUGUAUCACAUUGGAAAAAAGCUUUAGGACAAACUUUUCACCCAGUAUGUAUGCACAUUGUUGGAAUGAUGCUGACACCUACCAGUGUGUGUGCAACCUUAUCCAAAAUUCGCUUGUCGUCG